AUGAAGGAGAACACAGAAUACAUCACGGGAUCCAAGCUGGCCGCCGUGAUAGGCAGUGUGACCUUGAUAGCAUACUUGUUACUGCUGGAUCAAGCUAUAUUGGGAACUGCCAUUCCUCAAAUCACCACCCAGUUCCGCUCUCUCCCUGAUGUUGGAUGGUAUACCGGGGCUUAUCCACUCGCCAAUGCAGCCCUACAACCGCUUAGCGGCAAGCUGUACACACAUUUUCGUGCAAAGUACACCUUCCUUGUAUUUCUCUUUAUCUUUGAACUUGGUUCCCUUAUAUGCGGCGUCGCUCCUACGUCCGCCGCCCUCAUCAUUGGCCGCGGCGUCGCAGGCCUAGGUGCGUCGGGAUUGAUGAACGGCGGUAUGACAAUCAUUGCUGGCGCAACACCACUAGCCAAACGGCCCCUAUACACUGGCAUUAUGAUGGGUGUUGGCUCGUUGGGCAUCGUAACGGGGCCCUUGGUAGGCGGCGCAUUGACAGAGUACGCGACUUGGAGAUGGUGCUUCUUUAUAAACUUGCCUGUGGGCGGCAUUGCCUUUCUUCUGCUCCUGUUGAUCAACAUUCCGGACCUCACUGUCAAAGAACGUCUAUCGCUCAACCUCCUUCGAAAAAUCCUUCCGGACCUCGAUCUUCCAGGCUUCGCUCUCAUCGCCCCUGCCGCUGUCAUGUUGCUCCUAGCUCUUCAGUUUGGCAGCGAACAUUCUCAUGCAUGGAAUAGUGCUGUCAUAAUCGGCUUGCUUUGCGGGGCAGGUGUAACGGCGAUAGUGUUCGGAUUUUGGGAGUGGCAUAUGGGCGAACGAGCGAUGAUUCCGGGCUCAAUGAUCAAGCAUCGCGUCAUGUGGACAUCUGCGUUGGUGAAUAUUACUUCAAUGGGGACAGUCGUGGUUGGCUCCAACUACCUGCCAAUCUAUUUCCAGGCAGUCAAGGGAUCAGGCCCGACGAUGAGUGGCGUAAGCGUAUUUCCAGCAAUAUUGCCGCAGCUGGUGUUUGCUGUCCUCGCCGGAGCAGGCGUGUCGAAAUUGGGAUAUUAUCUCCCUUGGUCCCUCUUCAGCGGCGUUCUUACGGCCAUUGGCAACGGACUGGUCUCUACAUUUUCCCCAACCACAAGCACAGCGACAUGGAUCGGUUACCAGAUCCUUCUGGGGGCUGGACGAGGCGCCGGAAUGCAAAUUCCAACAAUAGCAAUUCAGACUGCGCUCCCGCCAGCCCAAAUUCCCGUCUCUCUUGCCAUUCUCAUGUUUACGUACAACCUCUGCACAUCCGUAUUCCUCGUCAUUGCCACGACAAUCUUCACACAAACCAUCGUCUCAGAACUCAAGAAGAACGCGCCCUCUGUAUCAACGCAAGCCGCACUGGCUGCCGGCGGGAGUGCAGGAGCAGUACGGAGUCUGGUCCCGCCUGGUAGUCCUGAGUUGAAUGCGGUGUUGCGGGCCUAUUCGUCAGGAGUGCGCAAUGUCUUCCUGAUGCUGGCGGGGCUGUCGGUUGUUAGUUUUGCGGCGUCGUGGGGGAUGGGAUGGAACGAUGUUAGGGCCAAAAAGAAUGAGGAGCAGGAGAAGGGAGAUGUGCGGGAAGGAGACACGGUUUGA